AGAAGAAGCUAUUGUUUUUCAUUCGUUUAUAUUAACACGUGCACUCGCAUCUAACUAAUUUCAUUUAUAUUAUAUUCUAUAUAAAAAUGGGCAAGAAAUUCCAGAAGAAAAGAAAAACGGAACAAUUAGAAAUAGUUCCAAUGGAUGAAAAUCCUCCAUUACCACCGCAACGGCCUUCCGAUGAGGUUAUUCCAAAAAGGGAAAAAUGGAUAAAUAAACAGAGAGUAUUAGUGUUUGCUGCUCGCGGUAUCAGCCAUCGUGAUAGACAUUUAAUGAAAGAUAUCAAAACCCUUAUGCCCCAUCAUAGACCCGAGUCAAAAAUGGAGCGAACAAAAACAUUGGCUACUGUCAACGAUAUGUGCGAAAUGAAGCAUUGCAACAAAUCUAUAUUGUUCGAAGGACGCCGCAAACGUGAUCUUUACAUGUGGGUAUCGAAUAUACCUAACGGACCGUCGGCUAAAUUCUUGGUAGAGAACAUUCAUACUAUGGCUGAAUUAAAAAUGACCGGAAAUUGUCUGAGGGGUUCUAGACCACUCUUGUCGUUUGACUCAAAAUUUGAUGAAGUGCCACAUUUGAAAUUGCUUAAGGAACUGUUUACACAAACCUUCGGUGUUCCUAAUCAUCAUCCCAAAAGUCAACCGUUUAUUGACCAUGUAUACAGCUUUACUUAUUUGGAUAGAAGAAUAUGGUUUAGAAAUUUCCAAAUUCUUUCCGAAGAUGGUGGUUUGGCAGAGAUUGGACCACGAUUUGUCAUGAAUCCUGUAAAAAUCUUUGAAGGGUCCUUCACAGGUGGCGCUUUAUGGGAAAAUCCAGACUACGUCAGUCCGGCCAAGCAACGGCAGAUGCUAAAGAAAGCUGCAAAAGAACGCUAUGUAAAUCGUAUCGAGCAAAAGGUACACCACGAAGCCACAUUGCCAACCAAAGCUUACGAAGGAGUUGAGUAUGACGAUAUUUUCGAGGAUAGGGACGCAUUCGAAACGGCUAAAGUUCUGGCCGAACAAGCUAAAAAGAAGGCACUGCAAAUACAAGAAAAGGCAAAGAAAACUCCAAAGGACAAGUUGACUAAAAAAAUAAAGGAGAAACAAUUGGAAGCCGUUAAGCAAGUUAUCGAAAAGAAGAAGGAGAAAGCAAAUAAAGUUGGCAAGAAGAAAGCUUAGUUGUAAAAAUAAAGUUUUAAAAUAUACUUAAA